AUUGAAUGUAUCCAGAUGACGCCACAUACUCUUCCCUUUCAGGAUGAUAUCCCGGGUCCUGGGUUCUACAACGUUGUUCACCAGUCUCCAGUGUCCAACAGUGUCUCGUUGUCUAAGAAAGGGACAUGCACUUUUCCCUCUAUGUGUUCCCGAUUGGACACCAUCAUUUCUAAAUAUCCUGCAGCUAAUGCAUACACCAUCCCAUCACAUUUUGUUUCGAAGAAAGACUUCAGUAAUUCCUGUUCCAGCAUGUUCCAGCUGCCAAGCUUCGAGAAAGUUCUCAAAUUUGAAACUCCUGCACCAAACCAUUACAAUGCCUCCGUCUCUUGCUGCAAGCAGAAAAAUAACGUCUGUGCCCGAGCUGGCUUUGUGUCCAAGACUCAGAGAGGAUUUUUCACCAUUACGGAAUCAGGACCUGCCCCGGGGCAUUAUAAUGUCAACGAAUCCCUUGUGAAGCAGUCGCCAAAGAUAUUAAUGUCUUGUUUUAAAUCGAAAACUGGCCGUGGAUUGAAACUGACGUCAACAGGCCCGGGACCCGGUUAUUACAACCCAAAUGACCACACCAAAAUUCCGAAAAAGACUCUUUUCCCGAAAAAUCCCAUCCUGAGCUUCUCCGCCAAGCCUUUGCCUCUGCCCCCGAAGCCGCCUCUACCGGGCCCUGGUCAGUACGAGAUCGUGGACUACGUGGGGCCUCCCAAGCUUUUCCUCUCUAGUGCCCCGUUCAUGUCCAACACCAGCCGGUGGACAGCGGCGCCGGCCCAGCCAGGCCUGCCUGGCCCAGCCACGUACAAGCCGGAAUUCCCAGGAAAGCAGUCCUUUCUCUACAACGAGGACGACAAGUGGAUCCCAGUGCCGUAGUGACCUCACACAAGCUCCGGGAACCCUGGCCACCAGCUGCCCGGCCAGG